AUGGCCCCUACAUUUGAUGACUGGGACCAGUGGGGCAAGGGAAGUGUUGAAGUAGCAUGCACCCAGUUGACAGGGUUGCCUGCCAAGGACUCAUUUACCCUCCCCCAACUCCGUGAACCCCUACAGAAUGCAGAUGAUUUUGAUGAGUGGUUAGAACGAAUCACUACCAAACUGACUGGUGUCAGAUUAGAGAAGCUGAUCGACUCCGGAAUCCCUCGCCCAUCAGUGGGAGACCCCCGCGGCGAAGAAUGGGCAGAGACCUCAAUCCAAGUGGCCGCAUGGUUGGCCAACAACAUGGCUGUGCAAUUUGUAUCGACAAUUCGAAGCAGUGGCACCCCAGUUCGAUUCGCCGAUAGCUUCAUGAAGGUGGUGAAGGACUCCCUACGUGGGGCAGGCAGCGUCGCUAUCCAACGAGCUCUACACAACGUUUGUCGCCCUGUCCGUUCUGACUUUGGAUCGCCUGAGAUGUAUAUCAAGGCGAUGCAGCGAGGCAUGGCCCGCUGCUCGGAGGCGAACGUGCCUAUACAUCCCUACAUCGUCGCUUCCCUGAUGAUCUCCCAGAUGAGGCAAGAGCUACAGAGCGUCAUCAGUAGGAAAUCCGAUGAAUUCGACAGCAAGAAGGAUAUUUGGGCAGAAUUCGAAUUGAAGGAUUUUAACGAUCUCUGCAACGUUUCCCUCAAAGAACUGGCCGGUAUGCGAGUGGAAGGAGAUGUCAACUUGGCGAAGAGCAACAACCCAACCACAAUGCGAGCCUAUCCAACCAGGAUUCGAACAAAAAUAGCAACAGAACAGACAAGAAAGGGUUUCCACCGAAAGCAACGAGCGCAGCAGAUUGGGAACGUCAAAUGGACAAUGCUGAGAACCAGCAAGAUGAGCAGGGUCGCUGCAUUCAUUGCAAACGAAGAGGCCAUGGCCCACGACGAUGCUGGUAUCUUCACCCUGAACAACGACCUACUGAUUGGGUCCCCGGCGAUGAUGUCUGGGUUAGCCACAAGCCUUCUCAGCCCUCUUCUCAACAACCCCAGAAGGAGAAUGAGAACUCUCAACCGAAAGAACUCGCUACGAAUGCGAUGUACUACAACGGAAUGGCUAUCCAAGUAA